AACGCGUUGCGCGCCUUACGAUAACUGUGCCGUGUUCUGUGCGUGUGUUCUAACCAUACGACUUUCGAGUUCUUUACGCUGCUGCAAUAUGACGGCCACCGACGUAAAAGAAGUCAAGCCUGAGGGCAAGGUAUUGCCUGCAGUACCAGAAUCGGUGCUGAAAAGAAGAAAGCGCCGUGAUGUUGCCAAGGCAGCACGUCUUCAGACCUCUAUCAAGAAUAAGACAAGAUAUCAUGAAAAGAGGCAGGAGAUCUUCAAGAGGGCCGAACAAUACUCAAAAGAGUACAGAAUUAAGGAGCGAGAGGAGAUCAGGAAUAUUCGUAUGGCCAAGAAGUUCGGCAACUACUAUAUUCCAAGCGAAGCUAGGUUGGCUUUCGUCAUCAGGAUUCGUGGUGUGAAUCAGAUUGCACCUAAGCCACGUAAGAUCCUCAAGCUUUUCCGUUUGAAGCAAAUUAACAAUGGCGUGUUCAUUAAAUUGAACAAAGCUACCACCAAUAUGCUCAGAAUCAUUGAGCCAUACGUUACAUGGGGCUAUCCUAAUCUCAAGAGCGUGAAAGAGCUUGUUUACAAGCGUGGAUUUGCUAAGAUCAACAAGCAAAGAAUCCCAAUCACCAGCAAUGGUAUUAUUGCCAAAGGUCUGAGCAAUAAAAACAUCAUUUGCACUGAAGAUUUAAUUCAUGAAAUCUUCACUGUUGGUGACAAGUUCAAGUACGCCAGCAACUUCUUGUGGCCAUUCAAGCUCAACACCCCUACUGGUGGAUGGCGCAAGAAGACCAACAACUAUGUCGAAGGAGGUGACUUCGGCAAUCGUGAAGAAAAGAUCAACGAGUUGUUGAGGCGAAUGGUGUAGAAUUUUAAAAAUAAAUAGUAUAUUUUUUAAAGUGCCA